UUGAAAUUUUCCACCCUUGACGCUACUCUAUGAUGGUACAAUUGCUUACUGUUGCUUACGAUUUACGAUUAAACAACAAGGAAAGAGGAUAUGAAAGUAGAUGAAAUUGUAAUUUUAACGUGACAUAGAAAACAUAAUAGUAACAUGAAGCUUGUAAGAUUUUUGAUGAAACUCAGUCACGAGACUGUUACGAUAGAAUUGAAGAAUGGUACUCAAGUACACGGCACUAUUACCGGAGUGGAUGUGGCAAUGAACACUCAUUUGAAAACAGUAAAAAUGACUAUAAAAAAUAGGGACCCUGUUCAGUUAGAUACUCUAAGUUUACGAGGCAAUAAUAUAAGAUAUUACAUCUUACCAGAUUCAUUACCACUUGAAACAUUACUCAUAGAUGAUACACCAAAAGCAAAAGCUAAGAAAAAGGAAGCUGCCAGAGGAGCUGCACGUGGCCGAGGACGAGGAGGACGUGGUACCAGGGGUGGGCGUGGUGGACGAGGUAGAGGAAGAGGCAGGCGUUAGGCACAAAUAUGAUGUAAUUAAGAAAAUUGAAUUCAACAUUUUCACAAUUAAGGAAAAGGAUUUAUAUUCGCGUAAUGUUAAUACAUACUAUAUGACAUCAUCAAAGCCCAAUAAACUGCACUGAUUUUCUAACUUAA